AUGUCGUUCCUCUUCGGUGGCCAGCCUAAGAUGAGCUCCGAGCAGAAGAUCGCUGCCGCUGAGACUGAGGUUGAGAUGAUCACGGACAUGUUCACACGUCUCUCUGAGUCCUGCACCAAGAAGUGUAUUCCGGCCGAUUACCGCGAGGGCGACCUCAACAAGGGCGAGUCCGUCUGCUUGGAUCGCUGCGUGUCCAAGUUCUUCGAGGUCAACGUCAAGGUCAGCGAGAAGAUGCAGCAGAACGCUGGCGGCGGUAUGGGUAUGAUGUAA